AUGAAUGGUAGCACCUUCUUGUGCAAUCCAGCCAUUCUUGUUAUCAGUUUGCUAUCAUUCUUGUACUCAUUAGUGGCUGUUUUACUACCACUCAUUCUUAUUCGAUACAUUCUACCAAACUCCUUAUCAUCACCAAGGUAUCCAGGCAUGAUCAGAUUGAAUAGGCUGAAUAAGUCAUCAACUGAGUUAUGGACAGGAGUUCCAGUCAGAAUCAGCCUAUGA